GUGUCUCGCGCUAUUUCCCCAGUUGGUGGCAGAGCAGUAUGGCAGCCGUUGUGCUGAGGUCUUGCUGCAAAGGACUUAGGCAGACUUUAAGAAAUGGAGGAGUGGCAUCCUUUCCGCGAAAACCUUGGGGAGGAGUACGGCAUAAAUCCUCAGUUGUGCAGUUUGUAACACGACAAGACCUUCCUAAACUGGCCUACCGUAAAGUGAAAGGAAAAAGCCCAGGUGUAGUGUUCCUGCCUGGUUAUGGCUCCAGCAUGAACGGACAGAAGGCAGAAGCCCUGGAAGAGUUCUGCAAGUCUUUGGGACACUCAUACCUCAGGUUUGACUACACUGGUCAUGGAGCUUCAGAAGGGGUUUUCACAGAAGGUACAAUCGGCACCUGGAAGAAAGAUGUCUUGUUUGUGUUGGAUGAGCUAGCAGAAGGACCACAGAUCCUGGUGGGCUCCAGUAUGGGGGGCUGGCUCAUGCUGCUGGCAGCCAUCGCCAGGCCAGAGAAGACGGUCGCUCUGGUGGGCAUCUCCACAGCAGCGGACCACUUUGUCACGUCCUUCAAGUCUUUAUCUUUAGAGGCCCGUAAGGUGUUUGAAGACAAGGGCGAUUGGACAGUCCCCACCAAGCACAGUGAAGACGGCUUCUACACCUUCAGCAUGGAGAUGCUGCGGGAGGCCGAGAACCACUGUGUUCUCCAGAGCCCCAUCCCCAUCACCUGCCCCGUCAGGCUCAUCCACGGCCUGAAGGACGAGGAGGUGCCCUGGCACAUCUCCAUGCAGGUGGCCGAGCGCGUCCUCAGCGCCGACGUGGACGUCAUCCUUCGCCGGCACGGCCAGCACCGCAUGGCCGAGAAGGACGACAUCAAGCUCAUGGUCUACACCAUCGAUGACCUCAUUGACAAGCUGACCACCUUGGUCUGAGUUGGGGAGGGAAGGGGCGCUCGGAAGGGAGGAUAAGGGGGAAGUGUGGAGAUGGUAAUCAUCCCCUCCCCUCUCCUCCCCUCCCCAAACAAUCAGCCAAUCAGGUGUCUUUCUGCCAAAAAUAACCUCUUAUCCCCGUCUAUUCCCCUCCCCAGCUCCAGCCCUCCUCCAGUAAAGUUCUUGUUAGUUUGUCGUCAGUUUAAAAAAAAAAAAAAAAAAACGGUGAAAGGAGGAGCAUCACAA